ACAAGACAGAAUCAAAAGUGACUACAACAUACAAAAGUCAAAACCGUCGCAGUUUCAAGCCGAGCAUCGAAUUGGAAAAACAUUGGAAAAUCGUAUCGUAAUUGUUACAUCGUAUCUUUCGCAUUGACCUUUGCCUCCGGUGAAAAGUCUGUAAAUACAACCAUGUGGAGCGCAGUUGAGAAUUUCUUCUACCGCCACCGAAGGAAGUUCAUCACAACCGGAGUGAUACUGGGAAGUGGCAUAUUUCUGAUCAAACUUGCCCAGUGCAAGCUGCGCGAGUUUCAGGAGCGACAGGCAAAAGAAAUAGCCGAACGAUUUAAGCGGAUGCAGCACUUUGAAUCGACGGAAAGAACCUGUAAUCAGACCAUCGUGGGAGUCUCAUCGACUGUUUCGGAAAAAGUACUACGAAAUUUGAACACAGCAGAGAUACUGGAAAAACUGCGCUCUAGUCCGGACAAUAAAUUUGAAUUAUGGGAAGAGCUGAGGAUAUUAGCAUUUGCCAAAAUCGUCACCCUAGUGUACGCUUCAUCAAUGCUAGCCGUAACAUUGAAAACGCAGAUUAAUCUUCUUGGUGGCUAUCUGUAUAAGGAUACAGUAGAGCAAGAGGAUAAACUGGUUUCAAUGGAGAUUCAAAAAACCUAUCUAUCCAUGAUUCAAUAUUUCAUGGAAAAUGGUAUGGAUAAAUUGAUCGAUCUCAUCCGAAACAAUGUAGCCCUCGUUAUGGAGAGGUAUAGCUUAAAACAGCAGCUCACACUGGCGGAUGCGGAAACCCUGUUCUGGUCGAUUCAGAUGGCUCUCAAUAAUGACGAAGCCAACCCUGCAAAGUGUUUAGCCAAAUUCACUCUUCCCCAAGAUGGCCACCGCGAGGACAUCGUGGGUAAAAUGUACGACGAAACACUGGAUGUUAUGGAAAGUGCCGAAGCAGCGGACGUGUGCUUAUCAAACAUUUCCAUCGGAUUUUCGUUGAUUGUGGACAAGCUUGCUGAAUAUUACGCUGAAGCAGAACCGGGCCAAACGGUCGCUUCCACUUCAAAAUCCUCCUUAAACGUGGACAACCUGUCCAACAUUAACCACGUUAAGAUAUCGGUGGCCAAACUAAUCCCGAUCGUUAAUGGACUCACUUCGAAACCACUGGGAAGCUUGGCGACAUCCGCUGGCGGUAGCAACGGGCUGAACGGGUAUGACCAUCGACACAUCGACAUGAUGUCAUCUCUGGUGGCCCGAUUUAUGCAGUCGGAAAAACUGAAGACCCUCGGUAUCAAUGUGUACGAGGCGUUCUGUCAGUGAGGGCUGCAUUGAGUUUCUUCUUUCGACUGUCAAAAUAGAACAAAAGUAUAAAUAUCGGUUUGAACCGGAGAAUCACAUUCGCGCGGUAGGAUUAAGCUAUCUCUUAUCUCUUUCUACGGUAUAUGCCCUCCUAUAGUAAGUUAAGGGUGAAAAGUUUUUGUUUAAUUUAUGGAACAGAACAGUGUUUUCAGGGCUUUGCCAGCAAACUGGAUUUAGAUUUGUAGUUUUGAGAAAUGAUUAAUAAAUAU